AACCGUCCUGACAUAAAUUCUAAAAAUAGUCAUGAAGAAGUCGUUAUUUUUCAACUAACUAUAUAAGAUUCCGUGUUGAAAGUGAUCCUAUCAGUUUUGGUGGAUGUGCGAAUACGUAUAAUGCGAACAAAGGACGAUGAAUCUGCAAUUGGCGAUAGUGUUUGUUGUCACUUUUAGUUUCUCGAAUUCCUCGCCUUGUGGAAGUCCUUCACCUUAUCCUCAGUUCUUGCCGGUGGCAGUAAAAGUGGAUUAUGCACCUCCUCCUCUAACUAGAAUCAAACAUCAUGGAUCUUCACAUAAUGCGUUUGAUUUUGAAAAAUCGUCAGCCCCUACCAUAAAAGACAAGGAUGAAAAGAACGAAAUACCGAAGAAAGAGGACGCCAAUUUGGUUGUCACGUCUUUAACAGGAAAUAACAAGUCCGAACCAAUUAAUCUUCUUGCACUCUCGACACUGCGUGAUCAAAAUGAAAGUCAACUACCACCUAAACGGCUCAACAAUAAAGCAAGACGGCGCAGGGUAAAGCCAAAGGAUUCGAAGAAGUUAGUUAUAAACCAAAACAGCAACAAUUAUUGGUCCCUGAAAUCCAUUAACGAUAAACCUGCGUACGAAGUAUUAGUUACGGAUAAAGCGUCGGUGGCACGAGAUCUGAAGGACACUACUGAGAGUGCUCUCAUUACCGUUCAGAAAAUGAAAACAUAGGAUUACGUCAGUGAUAACAAUGUAAAGCUUUUGGCAUAAUAAAUAUCUUUUUCGAAGCCGUCA